UAUACUGAAUGGGGCUGUACCAAGAAGCUGCAGGUAUUAUACAGCAGGUACGAGACAAGAGAGGGACGGUGAAGUCAUUGGUACUUUCUCACAGGCGGGUAAAGAAUACCAAGCAGUUGUAUGCCUUGGUCUGUGAGACUCUCAAGUACAGUGAUGUAUUAGACCAAGUCAUCGAUGCUGUACAGCUAUGUAAACUGGAGAAGACUUUACAGCGACGGCCACUAGCCCAAGUUGUGGUGUACGAUUUAUUGAUAGGAAAAGGGUUGAAAAGUGAUGGAAAUUUGAAGGCUGCAGUGUGGAAACAUAAGGCUGCCCUCAGUGCUGAGUUGGCUAGGCUAAAGGUUCGAGCUAAAGUUGCAAGCAAUGAAGGUCUUCUUCCUGAACAUGUGAGAAAGGAAGUCCCACUGCCGAGAUAUGUGAGGGUAAAUCUCCUGAAGACCAAUGUGGAAGAUGUCAUUGGACACUAUGAGUCUGAAGGAUAUACAUUUGACCAGUGCAGCAACAACUAUAACAGCUAUGAGGAGUACUUACCCUCUGUAAAAUCCCUAAUGGGAAAACAUUUCUUAAAAGACUUCCAUCUUCCUGAUGUCCUUGUGUUUCCACCAGGCAAAGAUUUCCACCAACACCCCCUGUAUACUGACGGCAGCAUUAUACUGCAGGACAAGGCCAGUUGCAUACCAGCUCACAUCUUGUCCCCCCUGCCAGGAAGUCAUGUGAUCGACUGUUGUGCUGCCCCCGGCAACAAGACCUCCCAGCUGGCUGCUGGCAUGAAAAAUGAAGGGAAGUUGCAUGCAUUUGACAAAGAUGGUGCAAGGUUCAAAAUUCUUAAAUCCAUGUUGGCCAAGGCUGGGGUACAGUGUGCCCAUCUUCACCACCAGGACUUCCUGAAGGUGUCACCACUAGACAAGACAUACCAGGAUGUGGAAUUUGUACUUGUUGACCCUUCUUGUAGCGGAUCAGGUAUAGUCAGCAGACUUAACUCCAUCACAGAUAAAGAAGAUUCCACACUAACCCAGCGCCUAGGCAGUCUUGCCAGUUUCCAAGCCUCCAUAUUGAAACAUGCUCUCUCUUUCCCAAACGUCAGGCGUGUAGUGUAUUCCACCUGUUCUACUCAUAGAGAAGAAAACGAGGAAGUGGUUCAAAGAGUUCUUCUAGAGACUGGUGGUCAGUUUCACUUGACCCGUGCUCUUCCAAACUGGACACACAGGGGCCUGGGGGACUUUGAAUUUGGACAUUUGUGCCUCAGGGCCUCCGCACAGCAAGACUAUACUAAUGGCUUCUUUGUGGCUUGUCUUGAACGUUGCCUUGGUGACAAGGAGUGUCUUGACUGUUACCAUGGUGAUGGAGAUGAUAAGGCUCAGGCAAAUCAAGGAAAUUUGAAUUCAAUGAAUACAAAUGUGAAAAGGAAACAAAACCCAGAAGAGGUUGUGCCACAUAUUUACGAGAGGAACUCUGACAAGAAAAAUUGUUAUCAAUUUUCCACAAAGGUUGUGUAUAACAGUGGCGCCAUGGGUGAAUUAUCCACCAGUAAAAAGUCAAAAAAAAGGAGAAAACUAAAUGAUGAUUGCAAAAAGGCUGAAGAAAAGUUACAGAAUUCUGUUUUUGAGAGCAAAGAAAGAAAUGACUCUGUACCAGGGAGCCAAAAUACAUUUUUGCUGAAAUCAAAAAAAUCCUGCCACAAAAAGAGGAAAAGGAGAAAGACUAAGAAACCUAUUGUUUGAUUAUGAAUACGUUAAUUAUUGGUAACUGAUUGCCAUACUGAUAUACUAUUAUAUCAAUUUUCUGUUUCCCUAACCCACUGAAUACUAGUACGAAUUUAAAAUUUUGUUUUGGACGACAAUGACAGUGACAUACAAAUAUGAAAAAUAAAUAUAUAAAAAGACCAUUUUAAUCAUGAUAUUUAUUUCAUACUUAACAAUAAAUUGUAACAAAACUAGUAUUUAGCAAUAAGCCAUCUGCAGUUACACAAUCAUAUAUUUCUGGUAUUGAGACAAAACGCACCAUACUUUCCUGUAUCUGUGCAGACAUAGGAUUACAUUAGCCUUUUAUAAAUGCAGACCUGUCAGAAGUUUCAUUCAUCUAAUCCUGUAUGAAAUAAAAUCUCUCAACACUUUUCGCAUCCUUGUAAUACACUGUUCAUGAUUUGGUUCCUCUUUCCCAGGAACUUAACUUAUAUUUCAACUUUUUUCCUCGUGAAGGAUCACAACAUUUGUAUUACCACAGUAAUAAAACAACGUCACGGCAGAGCCAUUAACUAUUUUAAACAGUUUUUAAGAGGCGUUACUUUAUAUAUACACAUAUAAAGGCUAGGAUGGGCCCAAGGGGUGGGGCAUCCUCCAUAUAUAUAUAUAUAUAUAUAUAUAUAUAUAUAUAUAUAUAUAUAUAUAUAUAUAUAUGUAUGUAUGUAUGUAUGUAUAUGCCCCCCUUCUCCAAAUUUAAUAAUACUGGGCCCACCAGUCCUUAGGUAUUCCCUACUUUACAACUAAAGCUUAAUUAAAAAUACAAAAUUAUAAUACACACAUAUACACGUACAAAGGACUACUUGCAAUGGGUUAUAUAUAUACCAGGGGGUAUCCACAUAGUCCAAGUGUUUAGCA